AUAGCGUUUGUACAAUGACUGUGAUGAAAAACGCGCGAAAUGUAUCAAAUUUGAUGUGUUUAUGUAUUUUUUAGAGAUUACAGUGGAAGUCGAGCACUGAUCAUGCAAUUAGAAGAGAGAAUUGUAGAACUCGGCCGCGAAAAAGAUAUCGCUGCGUUGUCUGCAUAUGUUAAUAAAUUGGGUAUUAAACAAGUGACUGCCAUCAUUACAAAAAUAUGCAGAUACCAAACAGCUCCUGAAAUUCUUACCUUCUUAUUUCAGGCUACACAUUAUGGUGGUGCAUCAGAAAUUACAAGCUUUAGAGUAUGUAAACAAGUUCUCCAGCAACUUCAAACACAAGACAUAUCAACAAUUCAGACAAAUGCCUUGUUGACUUUAUUAAUCAUUGAAUUUGAGCACUUAGAAUCAAAGGAGUUGAUGAAGUUGACAGAAUGGUGUACAGAAUGCAUCCAGCAGCCAACAGAUCGAGUGUGUUGGAAAGAUGUUUUACCAAAACUACUGCAUUUAUUAAAACAAAAAGAAAGGGUUGAAUAUGAAGGUGUAGAAAUGACCGGAGCUGAUUAUAAAGAUAAGAUAAUAAAUUCUCUUUGUAUGGCAAAAUGGAGACCAGAGGUAAUUAAUCCUCUGGCAGCAAUGUUUCUGGAUGUACCACUAUCUCCUGACCAGCAUUUGCAAAUUGUGUACAAAAUUUGCAAAUGUAUGACUGAAAUGCCUCCAAAUAUGGUCCCUCCAGUUGUAAAUCAACUGCUAUGGUUGUGUGAAGAUCAGCAUGGGUUACCAUUAUUCUUGGAACUACAGAAUUACUUUACAACUCAUCUCUAUAGCAUGAAACAUUUCAAAGAAAAAAGUGAUAAAUCGAAAGAUAUGGAAUUGAUGUCUGACGACAUUGCAAAUGAUGCAGUGGACAUAAGAGAUAUUCAACGAUCUGAAAGUACAGUACUUUUCCACAUCAGCCAGGCUGCUGCUGGUGGGCAUUCUAUUGUGAAAGAACUAAUCAAGAGUCUGAAGAAUGUACGCAAUGCUCCAGAAUUUGUGUUAAACCCAUUUUUGGUAGCUGUUUUACUGUGUGUGUCUUCCAUAAGUUCCUAUGAAGACCAGGCUUUUGAUAUUUUGAAAUUGGCAGUUAUUCGUGCAUCAACAGAAGAGGAGAAAAGGAACAGUUCAGCAUGGUUGAGAGACAUUGUUGCAAAAGUAUUAAGUAUUCAGCUUGUUUUCACCAAAGUAAUUGAAAGCAGCAUUCGUGAAAGAGAUAGAGUUAUUUCUGGUCUUAUAAAAUUCAGUUUUGUUUUACUAAGUGUGACAAAGAUGAAGAGUAUGGAAGGAAAACCAGAUAAAAUUUGGACAUUGGCCAGAUACAUUUUGGUAACUGUUGCUAAAAAACAACCAGAUGUGACAACUGAAAUUGUUCAACAGCUUUUGCAGCAAAUAUUGGAUCAUAAGAACAUACAAUAUAUUUCUUGUCUGAGAAAGCUGUGUGCAGAAGCUCGCAUUGGAAUGGCUGAUUCUGUCUCGGGUAUCAUUCAACUAUUAGAUAAUUUGGGUUUCUUACCUGAAAAAAUUGCCACUGAGCUAAUUCGAGCAAUAUUACCACUUCUCAGAGACAGCUCUUCAUUAAGAACAACCUUGACCAUAAUUCUUCGUAAGAGCAUGUAUAGUAGGAAUGUUGAAACAAGAAAAAUGGCUGUCUCUGGAUUGCUGCUAUUUCUAAAACACAUGGAUGUUAAAAGCCUUGUCGCCCUGAGCCAAACGAGUUGCAGUCAGGGAGAUACUGAUUCAAUGGGGCUUGGCUCUCUGUCACAGGUAGAUGUACAUCAGGAGGUAGGCAGUUUGGGCAAUGAAGCAACAUGUAUAGAGCUGCUAAAUAUCUUAAGAAGGUGCUUCAUGCAACAGUCUUCUGUCAGGCUUUGUCUCUAUCAAGGUCUUCAUGAUGCUGUCUGCAAGAAUCCAGUUCUGUUUCCACAUGCUCUGGAGUUGCUGUCAGAACAUUUUAGUCAGUAUUAUGAGAAGUCUGAGAAUGUCCUCCCUCCAGUGAAUUUCUCAAAAAUAAUUGAGGUGAAAGGAGCAUCAGUGAUUUUGAAGGAGCCAUUGGCCAAUUUAUUAUUUGUCAUUCAGCAGCUAACUGUGAAGGCACUGCGUAAUUCUGAGAACAGUAAACAGACAGCAGAUAAACUCCAACAAAUGCUCGAGUCACUUACAGAUCGCAUGAUAAAGUGCAGUUUGGAAGACCUUGGAUUUGAUAAUACAACAAAUUUCGCAGAUAUUAUACCUGAAAGUCAGCAGGCUGUGGAAAUAUUCCAUCAAACUCUUGGCAUUUAUGAAGCCCUCAUGGCAUAUACAAUAUCUUUAUGGAAGGAAAACUCUAGCAAUUGUCAGAGAUUAUCAAACCUUUUUAAGGGCUAUCACAGGUUGAUUGAAUUUGCAAAGUCAGCUUGCAAACCACGAAAGAAAGAUAAGGAUGCAGAUUCUCUGAAAGGAAAGUUAGCGGGGAAGCCACUGAAAUUACCUUCAACACUUAUGGAUUUUGAAACUGUCAACAAACUACAGGCACUGCUGAGCAGGUCACUUGGUUCUGCAUCUGUUGAGGCAGUGGAAUCACUGAAGAACCGCAGGGAAUUUUAUCAAUAUGCGAUGACAACUUCUCUGCAGCUGAUUCAACAAGCAAAACAAUUGAAAGCAGAAAAUAUGCAUGUAAACAUAGACCUGUACAGACACUGUACUACAUUAGCAAGGGUAUUGUAUGAAAACUGCAUCAGCCAAAUAAUCACAUUUAAUGAUUUUGACAAUUUGACAUGUAACAUCUCAGCUGAAUGUUUUUCUGAAAUUGUCUCCCUUAUCACAGUAUACUAUAAGAGCUAUAUACCACAUUUCUUGGAGGAAAUAAGUAAGUAUAUCUAUGAAUGGGCAAAAGAACUUUGUCAGGAAACAACAACUGAAAAUGUCAAAAUAGCAAAGAGCAUUUUGGUAUUGUUAUUCAGACUGUUUAUUCUGUAUAAAUCAGCUGGUUCAAUCUUUGGACAUAUAUCGCUCCAUUUAUUGAGUAUAUAUGGGGCUACUGAAGAGGCAACUGCUGGGAAAGACAAAUUCACUCGAUUUGGUGUUUUGACUGAUAAUUCCAAAGAUGCUGCUCUCAUUGCUUUUUGUAAUGUGCUGCGCAUUAGCCUUUCUGAUAUUAACUGGGUUGUUGAAAGGCUACAGUCAGAAUACACAGCACGUGCAUAUUCUUCAGAGUAUAGUAUUGAAUCACGCCAAGAAUUUUUAAAAAGCAAAGAACGUGAUGUCUGCUGCCAUGUAAGUCAUUAUGUUACUGUUAUUAAUAACCUCACAAAAAUGGCAGUACCAACUGGAAAUUCAAGUGCAACAUUAUUUAGGCUGCUGACUUCUCUGUACACAACUCUUAUAACAUUGACAAAAUAUUUUUGCCUAAGAUCAUCGAAGCUGGAUCCAGCAUUUCAGACAGCAAGAUUCACUCAAGUAAUUACUUUGGCAGGCAGGCAUUUAGCCAGAAACUACGAUGCCCUUAUAUCACAUGUUGAGGAAAUGGAAGGAGAAGAAGGAGGAAAGAAAAACAAAAAGGCUAACAACUUUGCACUUAAAUCGAAGGUUUUAAAAGGGGCUAAAUCCAGGACUAGUUUACUGUUUGAGAGAGAGCAGUUUGAACAACUAAUAAUAAAGCUCUCCUCAAAAACUAAGGUAAAUACUUUGCAUUGGUCAUUUGCACAUUUUAAUCCUUAA